AAGGCGGCGGCGGGUCGGGAGGUGCCGGGCGGGAGCCGCGUAGGUGCGGGGUCAUCUGUCAGGGCGAACCUGGACAUGGAGCCGCUCGGCGGGGGCCAGGGUCCCGGCCGCGGGACCCGGGACAAGAAGAAGGGCCGGAGCCCGGACGAGCUGCCUGCGGCCGGCGGCGACGGCGGCAAAUCCAAGAAAUUUACUCUGAAGCGGCUCAUGGCAGAUGAGCUGGAGAGAUUUACCAGCAUGAGAAUUAAGAAGGAGAAGGAAAAGCCCAAUUCUGCUCAUAGAAAUUCUUCUGCGUCAUAUGGGGAUGACCCCACAGCACAGUCAUUGCAAAAUGUUUCAGAUGAUCAAGUUCUAGUACUCUUUGAACAGAUGCUGCUGGAUAUGAACCUGAACGAAGAGAAACAGCAACCUUUGAGGGAGAAGGACAUUAUCAUCAAGAGGGAGAUGGUGUCCCAAUACUUACACACCUCUAAGGCUGGCAUGAGCCAGAAGGAGAGCUCUAGGUCUGCCAUGAUGUACAUUCAAGAGUUGAGGUCAGGCCUGCGGGAUAUGCCUCUGCUUACCUGCCUGGAGUCCCUUCGUGUCUCCCUCAACAACAACCCUGUCAGCUGGGUGCAAACAUUUGGUGCUGAGGGCCUGGCCUCUUUAUUGGACAUCCUUAAACGACUCCAUGAUGAGAAAGAGGAGACUCCUGGGAGCUACGAUAGCCGUAACAAGCAUGAAAUCAUCCGUUGCUUGAAAGCAUUUAUGAACAACAAGUUUGGAAUCAAGACCAUGCUGGACACAGAAGAAGGUAUCCUGCUGCUGGUCAGAGCCAUGGAUCCGGCUGUUCCCAGCAUGAUGAUUGAUGCAGCUAAGCUGCUUUCUGCUCUUUGUAUCUUACCACAGCCAGAGGACAUGAAUGAAAGGGUUUUGACAGCGAUGACAGAAAGAGCUGAGAUGGAUGAGGUGGAACGCUUCCAGCCAUUGUUGGAUGGAUUAAAAAGUGGGACCACCAUUGCACUCAAGGUGGGCUGCCUACAGCUGAUCAAUGCUCUCAUCACACAAGCUGAAGAACUUGACUUUCGAGUGCACAUCCGAAGUGAACUGAUGCGCUUGGGGCUACAUCAAGUGUUGCAGGACCUUCGAGAGAUUGAAAAUGAUGAUAUGAGAGUGCAACUAAGUGUGUUUGAUGAGCAAGGAGAAGAAGAUUCCUAUGACCUAAAGGGACGGCUGGAUGACAUUCGAAUGGAGAUGGAUGACUUCAGUGAUGUCUUCCAGAUUCUCUUAAACACAGUGAAGGAUUCAAAGGCAGAGCCACACUUCCUAUCCAUCCUGCAGCACCUACUCUUGGUCCGAAAUGACUAUGAGGCCAGACCGCAGUACUAUAAGUUGAUUGAAGAAUGUAUUUCUCAGAUAGUUUUGCACAAGAAUGGGGCUGAUCCUGACUUCAAGUGCCGGCACCUCCAGAUUGAUAUUGAGGGGUUGAUUGAUCAAAUGAUUGAUAAAACAAAGGUGGAGAAAUCUGAAGCUAAAGCUACAGAACUGGAAAAAAAGUUGGACUCAGAGUUAACAGCCCGACAUGAGCUACAGGUAGAAAUGAAAAAGAUGGAGAGCGACUUUGAGCAGAAGCUCCAGGAUCUUCAGGGAGAAAAGGAUGCCUUGAAUUCUGAAAAGCAGCAGAUUGCCACAGAGAAACAGGACUUGGAAGCAGAGGUGUCUCAGCUCACAGGAGAGGUUGCCAAGCUGUCCAAGGAACUGGAAGAUGCCAAGAAAGAAAUGACUUCUCUCUCUGCUGCAGUUACUGCUGUAGCCCCUCCUAGCAGUGCUACUGUUCCCCCUCCUCCUGACACUGUUACUCCACCCCCAGCCCCUCCUUUACCAGGAGAGCUUAGCAUACCCACCCCACCUCCUCUUCUUGGAGGUGAUACCAUUCCUCCUCCACCACCACCCCCUCCUUUGCCUGGGAGUGUUGGCAUCCCUGUACCACCCCCUUUGCCUGGGGGUGCUGGUAUCCCCCCACCUCCUCCUUUGCCUGGGGGUGCUGGUAUCCCCCCACCCCCUCCUUUGCCUGGGAGUACUGGCAUCUCCUUACCACCCCCUUUGCCUGGGGGUGCUGGCAUCCCCCCACCCCCUCCUUUGCCUGGGGGUGCUGGCAUCCCCCCACCCCCUCCUUUGCCUGGGGGUACUGGUAUCCCCCCACCCCCUCCUUUGCCUGGGGGUACUGGCAUGCCCCCACCCCCUCCUCCCUUGCCUGGAGGAGCAGGAAUGCCACCUCCCCCUCCUCUUCCUGGUGGUCCUGGAAUCCCUCCACCCCCUCCAUUUCCUGGCGGUCCUGGAAUUCCUCCACCUCCACCCGGAAUGGGUAUGCCUCCACCUCCCCCUUUUGGAUUUGGAGUUCCUGCAGCCCCAGUUCUGCCAUUUGGAUUAACCCCAAAGAAGCUUUAUAAGCCAGAGGUGCAACUCCGGAGGCCAAACUGGUCCAAGUUUGUUGCUGAGGACCUGUCCAAGGACUGCUUCUGGACAAAGGUGAAGGAGGACCGCUUUGAGAACAACGAACUUUUCGCCAAACUUACUCUGACCUUUUCUGCCCAGACCAAGACUUCAAAAGGACCGACUGCCGCAGUCCUCCAGCCCCACUGAGACAUCCAGUCCAUUUGUCCUACCACCUUUCACUGUGUUUCUGCUCCUUGAUGACUUCACUCUCCUCCUCAGCUAAAAUUCCGUGGU